AUGGAUCUGAUGGAGCUGAGGGAGGCUCUGGGAGUCGAUGCACUGCGCGGACAUGACACAGGCACUCUGGACCCCCCAUCCAACCUGGUGCGCGUGUUCAUCAGCUCGACAAUUUCAGACCUCAACACUGAACGAAAUGCCUUUUGGGAAAAAGUCUAUCCUGAGUUACAAAGAUACUGUCAAAGUCUUGGCCUGGUCUUUGAGGUUGUGGAUUUCCGGUGGGGUUUGUGGGAUUCAGUCAUUGUUGAUCAUCUAACAACUGAGUUAUGCCUUCAGGAGAUACAAUCAUGUCAGAAAGUGUCGCAUGGACCUUGUUUUAUUGCUUUGGUUGGCAGUCAGUAUGGACACAGGCCCAUUCCACGCCUCAUAUCAGAGACUGAGUUUGAGUUACUGCUCUUAAAACUUUCCCAUGAUCAAGAAGGCUUGACAGUACUUAAGAAAUGGUUCAUCAAGGACGAUAACUCAGUACCCCCUAAAUAUGUCCUUCAGCCAAUCACCACACACUAUCCUUAUUACAAUGACGUAAAACCUGAGGCUAGACCACAGCAUGAUGCAGAUAUUUUGUCUUGGAAUCUCACUGAAGCUCGGUUAUUGCAACUAUUAUGCAGUGCAGCUCUGCAAGCUGAGAAGGAUGGGGACUUAAGUGCAGAGCAGAAACACAAUUUCUUCAUGUCACUGAUGGAAAGGGAGAUGGAGCAGAGUUUUCUGUCUUCACAAGACCAGAGGAAGACAACGUCUGUCAUCUUUGUCAGGGAUCUACCUCAUUUGAAGAAAAGUGAAAGCCAUAAGCAUGCCAAGUUCUUGGAUGUUACAGCUGAUGGUCUCUUAGAUACUGAGGCUCAGGAACUCUUGAACAAUCUCAAACUGCGUAUCUCCAGUGCCAGUUCAAGUCAUCUCACCUUAGAGCUUAGUAAAAAUGCUAUGGAUGUGAAUCGUAAGGAGCACAAAGAGUAUUUGGAGAGAUUCUGUAAACAGAUUAUAUGUCAGAUUAAGGACAGGAUUGCUAUGCAAACUGCUCCACCAAUAGCUCCAGAGUGGCUGUGGCUUCAACAGGAGCUUUAUCAUCAUGCAAAGCUAUGCAAAUACAAGUGUGCUAAUUUCACUGGAAGAGAUGGUCCACUAGCAAAGCUCUGCCUCACAAUGUGGGAGACGAGAAACAUACAGCAUGUGCCGCUCGUAGUCUACGGACCUCCAGAAGUUGGUAAGACUGCUCUACUGUGUAAACUUGCCCAUGAGGUGCGGACUGGUCUUGAUCCACAAGCUGUGGUUGUUCUCCGUCUCCUCGGAACAUCUCCCAUCAGCACAGAUGUAGACUCUGUCCUAAAGGGAAUUUGUUUACAGGUUUGUGGAGCUUUGGGACUGGCAGCUCCCAGCCCACAGACUGCAAACACACAUGAGAAGUUGGUAAUGUUCUUCCAUGCCAUACUACAGAAAGUGUCUGAAGAUGGAGAAACAUUAGUUAUUAUCCUGGACUCAUUGGAUGACCUCUCACGGGCAAACAAUGCCCAUAAAUUGCACUGGAUACCUAAAGAAAUUCCUCCAAAUGUACAUUUUGUAGUGUCCACCCUACAUGACAUGUCUCCUUUAAAAAGACUGAAAGCUUUACUUCGGGAUGAUAAAUGUUUCUUUGAAGUAGAACCGCUGAAUUGUGAUCAAGGGCAGGACAUCAUUAAUGACUGUCUGAAUGUUGCUGGGAGAAAAAUUGCACCUGAACAAGCACAUGCUAUCAUUGGUGGCUUCCAAAAGAGCGGAAGCCUUUUACAUCUAAGGCUUAUGGUUGACAUGGCAAAGCAGUGGUCAUCCUACACCUCCACAUCUGAUAUUCACCUUGGCAGCUCGGUGCAGGAAUUAAUUUCAUUGUAUCUCCAGACACUGGAAAAAAAACAUGGCGAGAAGCUCGUCCACCAUGCUUUGGGUUAUAUUACCUUAUCAAGACGUGGCUUGUCAGAGGCAGAGCUACGUGACAUCUUGUCUGUAGAUAAUGAUGUUCUGGCGGAGGUCUACCAGAGCCGGCUUCCCCCGAGCCACACACUAAUACGCUUUCCUCCUCUUCUUUGGGCUCGCCUCAGAUAUGAUCUAAAAGAUCACCUAGUGGAACGUUGGGAAAAUGGCAUUAUUGUGUUAGUGUUCUUCCAAAGGCAGUUUACUGACAUUGUGAAGGCAAGGUACUUAUCUGUGGAGCACCGAGUUCAAAUGCACAGCGUACUCAGUGAAUAUUUCUUAGGUCAGUGGAGCCAAGGCCAGCUUAAACCCAUACUUCUGUCAUCGCUGAGUACCCAACUGAAUGCUGACAGAAAGGUCCCUCAUCAGCCCAUAUGGUAUGCUGAAGGAAUAGCCAAUCUCAGAAUGCUGCAUGAACUGCCUUAUCAUCUUACACAUGCAGGCCACUGGGAGGAACUGCGUCACUCUCUGCUCGGCAAUUUGGACUGGUUGUAUUGUAAGACUCUCAGCUGUGGCGUGGUCAGCGUGAUUCAGGAUCUUUCACUCUGUGUUGACAUCAUAGACUGUCCUGAGAUCCAGCUGAUCAGGGACUGCUUUCUACUGCUUAAGCCUACCUUAGAUUUCAUUGAUGGACACACAGACUCAGCGAUUCUGUUUACUGAGAUCACUGCCAGGCUUCAGGCUCUAGCUCCUGGGUACCCUUCGCUGAUUGGACGAUUAUGCUCGCAGUGCGAUGAUUGGUUCGCGUCCUAUGCAGACCCUGUGCUUGUGCCCAAGAGUGGCUUCUUACAACCCCCUGGAGGGCCUUUGAUAAACUCCCUCAGUGGUUCUGCAAAAGGGAUUACUGCAGUAGAUCUGUAUUUGCAGACAGACUUACUGAUAGCAGGUUCAGUCGAUGGAGAGUUGGUUGCUUGGGACCUAAAGUGCCUUAAGAUGCUACAUACAAUUGCAGGACACACAGGUGCAGUGCAGUCAGUGAAGCUUUUAAAUAAAGGUGAACACUGCUUAUCUACUGGACUUGAUGGCUCUAUUAGGAAAUGGAAUCUGCUCACUGGAAAACAGUUCUACUGCAUUCCAGCUGUGGUCUCGGUACAACCCUGGCCUUCUGAUCAGAUCCUUGUGCUUGAGCCUAAAGCAAUGGUCUUGUCAAACACACAGGGUCAAGUCAAAUCAUGGAAUUUGGACACUGGAGAGCUUCUUUAUGAAGUUGACAUAAAAGGGGAAUGCUCAAUCCUUAGCGCACUGGGGGUGGAAGUGGCAGUCAUGUCCAGUGAUGGCCAAAUCUGGAUCGUUGAUUCAGACACCGGCCUCGAAAAAUCGUACCAUAAGCUUACUGGUACCAUAAGCUUACCCUGUGUUCAGGAUUUCACUGUAUCCAGUGUGCAUUCACUCCCCCGACAUGGAAAACUCCUCAUUGCAUCUCAGGAGUGCUCACUGAAUAUGGUCUCUGCUAAUGGUUUACUAUCUGAUGUUGAGCUUCCUGCACCUGCUUCAUUUAUGUGCACUUCAGAAGAUGAAACCAUUCUUUUUACAGGAUGUGAAAAGACCCUGGUUGUGCUGCAUGUGAAUCCAAACUCUGUGCAAAAAACCCAGGAGCUCCAACAUGAAGCCACAGUCUUAUCAGCUGCUUCAUUUAGCCAGGGAAGUAAAGUCGUUACUGGAUCUCAGGAUCAAAUCAUACGGGUUUGGGGUUUAGUCACCGGACACCUCCUUGAUUCCUUCAGUGGUAUGGGAUCUCCUGUUACCUUCGUGUCUGUAUACAACAAUAAAGUCAUUUCAGCAUCAACCAGGUCUGGUCACAUUAAACUCUGGCAACUAGAAUAUGAUCCCAAACACAAAAUCCAGACUGGUAUUCCUGCCAACUGCCCGAGGGUGGUAAUAUCCAAAGAUGGCAACACGGUGCAUUUUAUCCGAGAAGAAGCCCGAGCCAAGGUGUUUACAUGGAAUACUACUGAAGGUAUGUCCUCCGAUACAAUGGAUGUGUGCUCUGAGGUGUGUUGCAUGGAACUGGCACAACAGAAGCAGCUUCUCUUCUGCGGCCUCUGCACUGGUACCGUACUCAUCUACCCUUUAACCUUUCCCCAAGAGACCCUAUGCCUUCCUCCUCCAGAGAGCCUGCCCACUGUGCUCAGCAUGGCCAUCAGUCCGAGGGAAGAUAAGAUUGCUGUGGCCUACGAGGACAUGGUGUGCUUGUUUGAGAUCACAGCAAGAGACAGCUUCCCAUGUGUCGAGGGCCCAAUCCAUAACUACUCACUCUCUCUGCUUCACUCACCUGUAUCAGCUAUGGGUUUGCUGCCUGACUGUAGACUUUUGUAUGGCACAUUUGGAGGGGAGGUGGCAAUCUAUGACUUCAAGAGUGGCAUGGCGGCAGAGCUGGAUCACCAUGGGUCUGCUAUCACCUGCAUCGCACUGAGUAACUGGGAUAAACACGCUCUGGUAGGAUCUGAGGACUGCGUCCAAAAACUUUGGAAUUUGAGUCCUGUGCUGCUGGAUCAUACAAUGGAGUACAAGGGUUUCUACUUCGAGGGCAUUCUGUGUGCAGCCUUCUCUGUGAACGACAAGUAUGUGUUCACUGGUUCUCGGGACAAAACCAUCAAAGUCUGGGAUGUGUCUACUGGAUACCUUUUAUACAUCCAGUACGUUUAUGCUGCAGUCAUCAGGAUUACACCCUACAAGGAUGGGUUUGUAGCCAUUUCACAGCUUGGCUCUUUCAUCAAAGAAGGCUUCCGUUGUCCAAACACACUGACUCAAGGCUACAACCCGCUCCGUAACUUCAGAGCUCACUAUCGCGUUACUUCACGUGAGAGGAGUGGAGAGGCUCCUCACUCUGGGAUUACAGGGCUCCAUAAUUACAAUCCAGCUCAGUUUAACUUCAUGAACAUAAUCAAGACUAAACAGUCCAGCACAUGUGUCCUUUUGUAAUGAAC